AGUAUGGGACUUGUAAUUAUGCCUCUCUCUGUUUACAUGUCCUUUAACUGGGGGGGAGGGUUACGGGGGGAGGUCUCGCUGCCUUAAAACCUGUGAAUCACAGGACCCCCGGCUGUUUCUCUCCUUCCAGUUCGAGUCACGGGCCGCAGCUCCAGAACGUGGACCAGGCUGAGCAGAAGAUCUCGUCGACUCACAAUUCAAAGAGGACCCAGCCGAGUUUAGGGACCACAGUUACUAGAAAGAGGGGCUGGUAGACUGUAAGCUACUGUGCAGUUUGCGGUUAGCUGCGUGGACAAAGCGUGGGGCUGUCUGGCUCUUCCUCAGGGUGUCUGAUUGAGUGCCGGAAGCAGCGUGCAAGUCGAAGGCUGAUGCGUGCUGGGAAGAAUAUCGGAAGCCAGCUGGGAAGUCAAUGGAAACUUGGACUUUGUCCCUCCUGUUCCUGACUGUGCUCCUGGUCCAGAGAGGAACAUGUGGGCAGACGAGUAUUGAUCCCACAGUGCCCGGGGUGGAAGGUACGCAGAAGCGGCAGCCUGAUCCGGCAGGGCCGAAGGCGGCCCGCUGCGCCUACACUUUCGUCGUGACACAACAGCGGCUGACAGGCUCGUUGUGCAUUACCUCACGGGGGGGCCAGUCGGGUGUGGCCAACAGCUCGGAUGUAGCGGCGCUGCGCGGGGACCUGACCCACCAACAGCAGCAGCUGGAGGAAGUGCAGGCGCUGGUGGGGCGCGAGGGCGGCCUGGCUCAGGAGGUGCGGGCGCUGCGGGGUGAGAAUGCUGGACUGAAUGUGCGACUCGCCCAGCUGAAUGCAGAGCUGCUGCAGCAGGUUCUCCACAGCAAGGAACAGGCCCUGGCACAGCAGCGGCUGCAGGAGCUGCUGCUCAACACGACCACACAGGUGCAGCAGCUGACAGUCAGCUACAGAGAGCUGGAAGACAAUUACAAGACUCUCACCUCAACGAUGAACAGCCAAAAUGCACUGAUCAAUCGCCUGGAAAAGCAAGGUCAGAGGGGCAGCACUGACCUGCCUCAGCAGGGGCCCCGGACUGGGGGCCCAGAGAUAAAGAAGGUAGACAGUGACAUCCAGAAGGACCAGAGUGUCUCCAGGGACGACCCAGCUGCCAUCACACCCAGUCCUGCCCUAAAAGCCCCCCCCGCCAGCUUCCCCAUCACUGAGAGUCCAGGUCCGUGGAGGGACUGCCAGCACGCUCUCGAUUCAGGGCAACUCACCAGUGGCAUCUACCUGCUUCAGCCACGUCACAGCAGCAGGCUGCUGCAAGCCUGGUGUGAACAGAACCAAGGCUACGGUGGCUGGACCGUCAUCCAGAGGAGGCAGGAUGGAUCCGUCAACUUCUUCAGAACCUGGGAGCAGUACAAACAAGGCUUUGGCAAUUUGGACGGCGAGUACUGGCUGGGUCUGGAGCACCUCUACUGGCUGAGCGCACAGGCAGACCACCGCCUGCGGGUGGUGCUGGAGGACUGGCAGGGACGGCAGGUGUUUGCCGAGUACGACAGCUUCCGCCUGGAGCCCGAGAGCGACUCGUACCGCUUGCGGAUCGGCGAGUAUCGCGGCACCGCCGGCGACUCUCUGUCCUGGCACAACAACAAAGCCUUCACCACACUGGACCGUGACAGAGAUGGCUAUUCAGGAAAUUGUGCUCAUUACCAAAAGGGAGGCUGGUGGUACCACAUGUGUGCCCACUCUAACCUCAAUGGGGUGUGGUACCGGGGGGGCCACUAUCGUAGCCGCUACCAGGAUGGGGUCUACUGGGCCGAAUUCCACGGAGGCUCCUACUCCCUGAAGAAAGUCACCAUGAUGAUCAAGCCCAGCUGACCGGCUCGAUCCGACUGAGGCGUGGCUGUUUGUUGCCAUGGAGAUGAUUGGAGCGUUGCCAUGGAGAUGACACAGCUAAGCCAAGAAGGAGGCUAUUUAGCCAUGAAGUGUAUUACACCAUGGAGCUGGUCAUAGCUGGGUUUGGGAAGCUAGCGACAAUUACUAACCAAGCAAUAUGACCUCAUCAUAGGGCAGAUCUGAAAAAUGCUCACUAUGCAAUUUGGUUUGGCUGCCUAAGAGUAUACAUUAUAGCCUAUAUAUAAUUAGACAGCUAGUCAAGUAGUAGUAAUGAUUGCAGUUAGUCAUUCAUCACAAAUAGACCUGUAUUCUGUAGAAUGUGGAAAUAUAUGUACUAAUAAACCAUGUCCUCCUUCACAGUGGGGGCUCAUAAAGUUUUAAAUAACCGAAAUCAGUGUUGGGUCACAGAGGUGAAGGUCUACAGGAUCGAAGCAAAGAGCUAAGCAAGGACAUGGAUACAUGCCCUCCAUCAAGCCCAGGAUGAAUGAUUUUGCUGCAUUUAGAUUUCUUUAUAUUGUAAUGUAUAUAUAAAAUAAAAUCUAUGACUCUC